AUACGAUGCCAACAAAGCAGGGUCAAAGACAGCGGGUGCCAAAGGAGAACAGCACAAGGCGGGAGCUGCGUGUCACCAGCGCUGGCACGGCCGGGGCCGCUGCCCACCCCUCUCCCGGAGCCGCGUCCCUGGGCACGUCCAGGGCGGCUCGGCCCGGGGCUUUCAUCCUCCAGCCCACGUGAAGCGUUCGCAGUCGGAGCCGCCGGGAGCUGUAACCGUGUCCCGGUGCCGGUUGGGGAGGAGCCGGCGGGCAGCGGCCAACCCCCGCCGCGCAGCUCCCGUCGCCCGUCGCGGCCGUUGGGGCGGAGCUGCGCGGCGGCCAUGGCGGGGUCGGUGCGGUGGGUGGCGGAGCGGCGGCGGGAGCUGGAGGCGCGGCGGCGGCAGCAGUGGGAGCGGGACAGCCGCUCCUUCGCCCGCGCCGCCGUCUGCUGCUCCCGGCAGGCGCGGUGGAGCGCGCCGCGGGCCCCGCCGCCCAGCCCGGCGGCGGUGCAGCGGGAGGCGGAGGAGGCGGCGGAGCGGCUGGAGCGGCGGCGGGAGCGGCUGCGGCGGCUGCUGGGCGAGGAGCGGGAGGCGCUGGCGGCGGAGCUGCGGGAGCGGCCGCGGGACGAGCGGAGGAGGAAGGUUGCUGAGCAGCCGCUGUACGAGCGUGGGAAGAGAACCGACGCCGAGCUGCGGGAGGUGGAGUCAGAACCACACAGGAAGCACAUAAUGGAGGCUUGGGGGGACCAGCAAAAGCCUGAGCAAGAAGCAGCUGAACCUGAAGAGAAGAAACGUGAUGAAAACGAAUAUGAAACCGCACGGAGGGAAGCGCUGGAAAGAAUGAGACGAGAGGAAGAGAAGCGUCGGCUGGGAGAGAAGCAGCGAGUGGAGGCAUUGCUACAACAAAUAGAGGAGCUGAAAUUACAGGAGACAGUGGCAACAAAGCUGAAAAGAGAACAAGAGGAUUUAUUAAAGCAGCAGUGGGAGCUGGAGAACUUGGAAGAAGAAAGGAAACAAAUGGAAGAGCAGCGGAAGAAGAAGGAGCUUGGUCGCUUUCUGAGGCAUCAGUGUAACAUCCAGUUAAAGAGACGAGCCCAGCAGAUACAAGAGGAGCUGGAGACAGACAGGCAAAUCCUGGCAUCCCUCCUCGAGAAGGAAGAUGAGGAUCAGCGGCGCCAGGCCAUGCGGCGAGAGAGGGCUGUGGCAGAUGUGGCCUGGAUGAAGCGGGUCAUCGAGGAGCAGCUCCAGCUGGAGAAGGAGAGAGAGGCUGAGCUGGAGGAGAUGUUUAGAGAAGAAGCCAUAAAAAUGUGGGAGAAGAGGGAAGAAGAAUGGGAGAGAGAGAAGGCAGCCCGAGAGCACCUGAUGAAAGAGGUCCUUGCGGGGAGGCAGUGGCAGAUCCGACAGAAGCUGGAGUCAAACAGACGAGCCCAAGAAGAGUCGAUAAAGUACCGAGAGCAGCUGAUUAAGGAACUGGAAGAGGCAAGAGAAGGGACGAGGAGAGAGAAGGAGCUGGAAGCGAAGGCAGCCCCCAGGCGGGAGCUGGAGGCACAGCUCUACAGUCACCCGAAAGCAGCAUGGACCUGAGGAGUCCUGUCCCAUCCACGCCAGGAGCCACCACUCAACACAGCUGCAGCCUACAGCAAGGAAACUCUGAAGAACUGAGGAACUCCUGCACAGGGGUGGCUUUGGAAUAGCCCCCAACAACACCAAGACACAGCGUGGUCUGAAAACAUUCACCUGUGGCCCAGCUGAACACAAGAGCAGACGUGUGCUGGCUGUGAGUGCAGAGGUGUGAGCAGCCACAGGCUCGACCCUGCUGCAGCAACCUGGCCCAAGAGCUUUUCUUUACAGUCACAUAAAUAACCCCAGAGCAUUUGA